CGGGCAGCCGACGCGGCGAAGCGGUGUACGCGAGGCAGCCGUGCAUACACGAUGCCGACGCCCGGCUCCUCGGCGGCGCCCUCGCGGCCCCAGUCCGUCGAGGAGCAGCGUGAAAAACGCGCCGAGGCGUACGCGGCGAAGCGCGCCUACGAGGAGGCGCGCCAACACCUCGACGCGCUGGCGCAGAAGGUGUUUGAGCGGGCCCUCCUCGACGAGGACGAGAUGCCCCCGGAGGCGCCGUACUUGGAAGCCGUCGAAGCCGGCGUCAAGCACCACCUCAACGCGCUCGCGAAGGACAACUACCGGAGGUCCCUCGACCGCACCUCGGCGAGCUACGACCCCGAGGCGAAGGCGCGCGCGUCGCUGGACCGGUCGUCGCGGACGUCGACGGCGGGGAAGCGUAGGAAGAAGCCCCGCGUCGCCAAGGAUACCGCGGCGGACGUCUUGGAGCGAUUAGUAGCGGACGCGGGCGGCAUCUUCGCGUUCUGGGGCCGCGACGCCUGGCGGAGCACGCUGGCGUUAGAAGAGGCCGUCGCCGAGGCCUUGUGUCCGACGCCGGCGCCGCCGCCGACGCCGUCGCCCGAGAAGCUCUGGAGCUUGCACGCGGCGGAGCUGGGCGGCUACGCCGCCGCGGCGCCCUUCGCGCCCUUCUCCGAGUUAAAGAAGGUCGGCCCCUGGCGGCCGCAGACGCCGCCGAAGCCGCCGGACCCGCUCGCGCGCGUGCCGCCCGACGCGUCGUGCUCGCUGGCGGUUUUCAUAAGCGCGGCGCAGCGCGCGUGGUUAAUAGAGUGCGCGCGCGUCCGCGACGCGCGGCGCGCGGCGCGCGUGAGCGACCGCGCCGCGACCGAGGCCGCCGCGAAGCGCGCGCGGCGGCCCGACGCGGCCCGCGUUCCGAAGCAGGAUGUAGAGGACAUGCUCGAGGCCUGGGCGCGCGCCGGGUGGCGCGCGCCCGCCAGCGCGCGGACGGCGCUGCCCGCCGCGCUGGAGAGGCUAGGCAACGCCGAGCUCGCCGAGUAUUCGCUGCGGGACCUCGAGGAGCUGCUCGAAGUCGUGCUCGUGGACAGCGCGGGGCACCUGGACGUGGAGCACGACAAGGAGUGGCGCGAGGACUGGGCCUGGGAGCCGUGGCCGAGCCAGCCGCGGCCAAAGGUCAAGUGGGCCAAGCGCUUCCUGGGCACGGACGCGCACGACGAGGCGAAGUGGCAUAGAAUAAGGUCGGACUACGCGUCGACGGUCAUGAGUCGAAUGCACCACACGAUGCGGCGGAGGCGGGAGAACCAGCGGAGCUGGAUCUUCGAGGCGCCGGCGGCCUACGACGUCGUCGUCACGGUGCACGCCGCGGCGGACCUGCCGUCGUUAGACGGCGCGCGCGGCAUCUCGGACCCGUACUGCAUCCUGAAGGUCGGAUCGCAGACGCAGCGCACAAACUACGUCAAGGACGACCUGUGCCCGAACUUUGGUAGUCAAACCUUCUACUUCAACAACACGCGGUCCACGGAUAUAAUAGUAGAGCUGAUGGACAAGGACUGGACCCAGGACGACGAGGCCCUUGGAACUGUAUCAGUGCCGUUGUUAGGAUUGGGGUCGCCCCCAACGCAACACAAGUUCGAGCUGUCCUGCGUGCGCAAUCUAAACCCGGGGUCGGUGACGAUCUCGUGGCACCGGACGCCCGUGGUAAAAAAAACGGAGGAGGACGACGAAAGUGAUGUGAUUGAUCUGGCGCACUACGGCCACCGCGUGGACACGCACCACGACAAGCGGCGGGGCGCCGUGGCCAUGGCGGUUGCGGCGGCGGCGAAAGGGCGCCGGCCGACGCUCAUCUCGGUGCGCGAGUGCGGCCUGAACGACAAGGGCGUUUUAGACGUGGUCGACGUGCUCAAGGAGGUCGACCGGUCGCGCCUGAAAGCCUUAGAUUUGUCCCAGAACCCGAUCCAGGGCCGCCUCGCGAUGGGCGCGCUGUCGGCCAUGCUGCGGUCGGACUACGCGCUGCCCGAGCUGCGCGUGCUCGACGUGUCCGGGUGCAAGCUGGGCGCGCGCGUCGUGGAGGUGCUCGCGGCGCUGGGCGGCCGCGGCGACGCCGAGGACGGCGUCGACCCGAAGGCCUACCCGCUCGAGCGGCUCGCCCUGGCGCGCAACAAGCUGGGCGACGCCGAGGGGCGGGUGUUGGCCGUCGCGAUCGCGCGGAAUCCUCAAUUGAGGCGCGUCGACGCCGCGUGGAACGGCUUCACGCCGGCGACGGGCGCGCUCCUGCUGGAGGCGCUGGAGGCGCCCGCGUCGAAGCUCGAGGCGCUCGUCGUCGACGAGGCGUGCGUGCCGCGCGGCGCGCCGCGGCCGAACAGCGCCGCCGCCCUCAAGGCCGCGCGCGCGCGCAAGGCCGCGCGGCGGCGGCCGCACCUCGACCGCGACAUCUACGCGGAGCCGUUCCCCGCGCCGAAGCGGCCGCUGUUGGUGGGAGACGCGUUCCGCGUCCAGGCGCGCGACGGCCUCGCCGUCGUCGUGCGGGCGUAA